GCUGCCCAAAGAGAGGAUUUACCAGAGCUUUGUAGGGCCGGGCUUCCAGGAAGGCGGGCGAAGGUAUCUGCAGCGGGGGACAGCCCCCAGCCCAAGCUGGCGGACUGGUCCUGCGGUGGGCGGCAGGAGCAGCCAGAGACCCGCCCCCGCGCUCUGGCUGGGGGCUUGGAGUGGUCUGUUCCCGCUGAGGAGGGAAGCGGAGUGUGACAGCGGCGCCUUGUUGCUCUGCCUGGCCAUUGCUCCAGCGGUGCAGCCAGCGGCGCUCGGCGGCGGGACGCUGCUGCUGCUGCGAGGGGAGAGGCGCUAGGGCAGGGAGCCCCCGCUCCGUCUCCUCCGCACCUGCCUCGCCAAGGAGGGCUCUUCGGAGAGCCGCCGCCGCCGCUGCUGGAGGGGGCGCGCACACUGCAGUAAUGCGAGACCAUCCGCUCCUGGCGGGGAGGGGGAAGCCGGCCGAGUCCCAGCCCAGCCAGGUGUUCCGCUUCUGUCUGCGGCUGCCGGCCCAGAGCGCUCAGUGACCCGCCAGCUCGAGCCUCCGCUCGCUGCCCCUGGGCGCGCUUCCUAUCGCUUGGCUUCGGCUGGAGGGGGGGUUGCGGUAGCUGGAGAGGAAGAGGGGGAGAGAGAAGCUGCUGCUCCUUGGUGCUCCUCUUCCCCCCCCCCCCGUCAUUUGCUGCUGCUGCCGCUUUGCCAAUUCAAGGCGAGCAGGGAAGCGGGUGUCAUGCAAUUGGUGCCCAGUGAAAGGUCUCCGAGGCUGAAGUACCCGUGAAAGGAAGUGCAGCGCAAUCAAGCCGGCUCUGUGCAAUGACAGCCAUGAAGGAGCAGCAGGCAGCGCCGAACCCGGGCAGCCGGGGGAGCCAGCAGCAAGACCAGGAGCUUGGAAGUAACAGCCCUCCGCAGAGGAAUUGGAAGGGAAUUGCAAUUGCACUGCUGGUGAUUCUAGUUGUAUGUUCACUCAUCACUAUGUCUGUCAUUCUUUUAACCCCAGAUGAACUUACAAAUUCAUCAGAAACCAGAUUGUCUUUAGAAGAUCUCUUCAAAAAAGAGUUCAUAGUUCAUAAUCCAGAAGCCAAAUGGAUAAAUGAUACAGAAGUGGUGUAUAAAAAUAGGAAUGGACAUGUUGUUAAACUGAAUGUAGAAACAAAUACAACCACGUUAUUAUUGGAAAAUACAACUUUUGUAACUUUCAAAGCAUCAAGAUACUCAGUUUCACCAGAUUUAAGAUUUGUUCUUCUUGCAUAUGAUGUUAAACAGUACAUGUUGAUAGUAACAGCUGCCAAAAAGGUUUUUCAUUAUUCCUAUACGGCUUCAUAUGUGAUUUAUAACAUACAUACAAGGGAAGUUUGGGAGUUAAACCCUCCAGAAGUAGAGGAUUCAAUUUUACAGUAUGCAGCAUGGGGUGUACAAGGAGAGCAGUUGGUAAGAACAGUCAUUUAA